UUUUUACUUCCGCUCACGUAGAGCAAAAUGACAACAAGACAAGUUGCAGACUGUCUCUCGUGUUAACAUGCCAUGUGUUAUAUUUUAACGGGACAUAUUUGAAAGAUUAUGGCAGAUCAUCCACCUGAGGGUGGAACGCCAAUGGAGGCAGAGGGUGGGGCUAAAAGUCCAGCAGCCUCCAAGCUGGACAAUUUGUCUCGAGAUGAUCUGACAAAAUUUGUCAAGAAGCAGAUGCUCCUUUUGCAGAAAACCAGGGCAAAGUGUGAUGAGCUUGCAAAAAAGGUGACACAGUUGGAGUCUCAGAAAGAAGGUAGUGGGGAGAAUGAUGACCCGGAUAAUUUGACGAAUCUGAAAACAAAAGUCAAGGAACUGGAGGAAGAAAAGCAGGAAAUGUUGACGGCGUACAACGCUGUACAAACCUCACAGGAGCUGGCGGCCAGUAAACUCCAGGAAAUGGAAGAGAGGCUGACCAAUGUAAACAGAGACAAAGAUGAAGUCGUCAGAGAGUUGAACAUCUCCAAGAGAGAGAAGAAGGAGCUUGAGGACCAGGUGGAGUGUAUGAGGAUGAAGGACGAGACACUCAACUCCUCGCUACACUUCAUGCAGCAGGAACAGAGCCAGCUCACCGAGGAAAAUAACAAACUGAAGGAACAAGUGACAGUGCUUUCAGAUGCUAGGGAUGUUGUGAUGAAGAAACUGAAAGCCAUGAAACAGUACCAAGUCAAGAGCCAGGCCGAUUUUGAGGAGCAAAUUCAGCAGUUGACGGAAGGAAAGCAACAGUUAUAUACCCUGAUCGAGACUUUAGAGAAAGAAAAGCAGGAGGCAGUGGAUCUAGCUACAGAGAAGGACAACCAGAUGAAAACUUUGACUGAGGAGGUGGAUAAACUCAAGUCCUCAUUGGAAGAGAGAGGUGAACAGGCACCACAGGAAGAUAACAAAGAGGAGAUGGCGCAGCAAGUAGAAAAGCUGGAAUCACUUUGUAAGGAGCUCAGAGAGGAGAAUCAGAGUUUGGAGCAGAGGCUGAAGGAACAGAGUGUAGAGGUUGAGAAGUUCAAGGCAGAGGUGACGAAGAAGGAGGAACUGUUGGUCCACUCAUCAGCAGAAGUCGAGGGGUUGAAAUCAGACCUGAGUUUUGUCACUGAAGAAUUGAAGAAAUCUCAAGAGCUCUGUACAAGUGAACAGAGGUUUAAGGAGGAUCUACAGAAUGAAAUUGAUAAUUUGGAAUUCCAGAUUCAUGAGCUCAUGAAUGACAAAGAAGAUGAAUCUCAGAAAGAGGCUGCCAUUCAGAAAGAGGCUACAGAGAAACCUAAGAGCAAGGUUCAAGAGACUGCAGCAAAAAAGAAUGGAAAGCCUAGUCCAAGAGGAAGUGGGGCUAUUCCUAAAACUACUGACAUCAAAAAGAGGCUGCAGCAGAUUGCAAGGGAGAAAGAACAGUUGGAGCAGGAGAUGAAGAAAGUUUUGGCAAAAGAUGAAAGUCUGUCUUAUGAGAUCAGUGAACUACAAGAAGAGAAGGAGAUGCUGAGGAAUGAUGUACAACAGAUGAAUGAGCAGCUGGGAGAAUGGGAACACAUGAUGCACAUGCUGCAGGAAGACAAGAACAGAAUGAUGCAGGAACUGGACGAAGCAGACGCCAAGGAGAAGAGGAUUCUAGGAGAACUGGACAAUGUGAGGGAGGUACUAGGAAUGGAGAAACGGAAAGAGAGGAAGGUGAAAGAGGAUGAUGAGGAAGAGGAAGUGGUCGAUGAUAAUGAUGAUGAUGUGUUUGAAGCUGAUGGUGGCCCGGGGAUUGUUGUCACUGAGCUGGAGAAAGUGAAAGUGAAACUUAGUGAACUUGUAUCUCAGAAUAAUCAGCUAAAGCAGGAUCUAGAUAGUGCAUAUGCCAGUAAGGGUGACAGUACUGUUGAAAUCCAGUCUGCCAAAAGAGAGCUAGCUACAGUAAUAUGUGAGAAAGAAUCUAUUGAGAGAGAAAAGGAAUCAUUGUCUGUGAUUAUCAAAUUGGCUCAAGAAAAGGAGCAGGAUCUCUCAGAGGAAAAUAGUAACCUUAAAGGGGUUAUAGAACAGAAUGAGGAGGAGAAAACAGAGCUCAGAAAUAAAAUCCAAGAACUGCAGAAGGACAUCAGUGAGAGGGAGAGUGAAAAACAGCAUUUAUUGAAGGCAGCAGAAGAUUCCAGAGAAACUUGUCAAGAAAUGGAGGAAAGAGUAAAGGAGAGGCAAACAUACACAGAGGAGCUUGAAAACCAGAUUCUGGAAAUGUCAAACAAUUUGGCAGAAGCCAGGAAGAAACAUGAGCAGUUCAUAGCAAAGAUGGAGGUAGAAGGAGAAUCCAACACAUCAGUGCUGCAAUCAGAAAUCUCAGAUCUGAAGUCAAGCAUUGAGGAGUUGGAAAAGGAAGUGGAAGAAAAGAAACAGGAAGUGGAAGAAGUGAAAGGUCAAAGGUCAGAGUUAGAAAGAAAAUUCCUGGAUGUGUCUGAAGAGUUAAAAUGUCUGAAAGAAUCGUUUGAAGUGUGUGAAAAGGAGAAAUCAGACUUGGUUACUCAGGUUGAGAACUUGUGUAGAGUACAAUCGGAGAAAGAAGACAUAUCAAGUAAAUAUGAAAGUUUACAGACAAACUUGAAUGCAAUUGAAACAGAAAAAUCCCAAAUGAUUGAAACAAUUAGUCAACUGACUAAAGAAAAAGAAGACAAGGAUUCAUUGAUAGAAAAGUAUUUAGAGAAUGCUAAAGAGAAUGAACAGCAGAUUGAGACUCUGAAGAAUGAACUUCAGUUGUUGACUCAGAAUGCUGAAAAAGUUGUACAAGAGAGGGAAAGUGAAGAAAGUGAACUAGUUCAGAAACUUAACAUUGAAAUUGAAAGAUUGAAGGGUGAAAUUUCAGAUGCUAAAAAAGAGUUGGACGAUCUCCAGGAAAGAUACAGAAGCAAUGAGUGUGAGAAAACAGAACUCAAUACCAGGCUGGAGGAAAGGGAUGCCCAGAAUUCUGAACUGAAAGCUUUGUUGGAUGAAACAUCUGCAAAGGUUGAAACUCUGAAUGGAGAAAUUUCUAGUCAAAAACAACUCAUAGAUGAACUACAAAAGACCUUGGAACAGAAUACAAAUGAAAUUGAUGAACUGAGGUCUUGUUUACAGAAGACAGAGAUGGAAAGAGAUGAGAAAUUAAAAGCGGUAGAGCAGUUACAGAGUAAUCUAGAAACAACUGAUUCUGAAGAGAUGGAAAUUGUGAAGGAGGUUGAACAUUUGAAAUUGUCUUUGAAAAAUGCAGAGGAAGAAAGAGAUGAGAAAAUGAAGGAAAUCGAAAACUUGAAAAACAGAUUACAUUCUGAGGAAUCAGAUAGGGAUGGACUGAAGGAACUCAGUGAAAGGUUUGAAGAAGUGAAAGGUCAAAAUGAUAAACUUUCAGAUGAAGUGAAAUUAUUGACAGAGGAUUAUGGAAAAUCUAAAGAUGAAAAUGAUAUUCUGAAGGAAGAUAUUAAGAGACUAUCAGAGGAAAUCAGUAGUAUUAGAAGUGAAAAAGACAGUCUAUCCUCACUUUUGGAGAAUCUAAAAUGUGAUAAAGAGGAGAUAGAAGGUACGCUAUCUCAAAAGUCUGAGGAAUGUCAAAAACUGUGUGCUGAGAAAAGUGCCAAGGAGACUGAGCUCGAACAAUUGCAAAAUCAACUCGACGAAAGUGUGAAAACAUUCCAGGAGUUACAGAUUAAAUAUGAUGAAAGUGAAAAAGAAAAGACUUCUUUUGGAGCAGAAAUCCAAGGACUUAAAAAUGAGUUGGAUGAAUUGACACAACAAAAAGCUGUGGUCGAUGGUUCUCUAAAUGAGCUAAAAGCUCAGAUUUCAGGAAAAUCUUCUGAAGAGAACUCAAUGUUACAGGAAAUUCAGAAUAAAAUUGAAAUCAUUCAAUCGUUAGAAGAAAAUAAAAUCAAAAUGGAAGCCAUGAAUAAAGAACUUCAAAGUGAAUGUGAAAAUUUAAAUAGUUCAAUGGAGGAGAAAUCCAAGUGUGUUCAGGAUUUGUUGUCAAAAUUAGACCAGGCAGAAAAAGACCUUGAAUCUCAAAAUACAGCUAACAAAGAACAGGCUGAGUUAGAAAACAAUCUCAGGAGUGAGUUAUCUGCCCUUAGUGAGAAGAUGGCAGAGUUACAGAAUGUGAACAGUGAAUUAAAUACACAGCUCCAGGAGAUUAGAGGCAAGGAGACGGAAACAAAGCAACAGUCAGAGGACUCAACUGAAGAGAAUAAAAGUUUGCAGCAGAAGCUGAAGGAGAAGGAGGACAUGUACAACAAGCUCAAGUCUCUGGCCAUGAAGAGCAAGAAAGAGGCAGGUCAGCUCAAGUCCAAGUAUGACGAGUUGAUGAAAGAGAAGAGCGAAGCCAUUAAGAAAUGUGAAGAGCUGCAGCACCAAUUGUCUGCCCUUGAAAGUUCCCAGAGUUCAAACUCGGAAGUGACACGGAGCUUCCAGCUUUUGCAAGAAAAGUAUGAUAAGCUGGAGUUGGAUUUUGACUCAAAAACAAAGGAGUCAGAGAGUUACAGACAAGACCUUGAGAAAGUCAUCUCAGAGCUGGCUCAGGUCAAGGAGACAGCUGCCUCCAGUAAAGAGGACAAAGGUCAACUUACAAAAGAGAUGGACAGGUUGAAAGGAGAGGUCAAGAAACAAGAAGGGGUCAUUGCGGAAUUGAAAGGAAAGCUGUCAUCUGCUGAGAAAGAAAAAGAGGCAUACAGAAUUCAGAAAGAAGAAGUGCUGAAGGACAAGCAACAGGUGCAAGUCAAACUUCAAGAAUCAGAGGAAAGGAUGAAGAAGGAAGGAGAGAAGCACAAGAGUGUGGUGGCUGGUCUACAGGGGCAGGUCCAGGAAAUCCAGAGACAGUUAGAGCAUGCCAAACAGGAGGCCAAUCAGAGCAGUAUGAUGGACCUGGAGAUAGCUGACUACGAGAGAACUGUCCAAGCCCUGAACAAUAAGAUCACGGAGAGGGAUGCUGCCAUCACUGACCUGAAAUCGGAGGUGGAGAGACUGGAAGAGAAAGCAAAGGCCCUCAAAGAGCAGAUAGAUGCUGUUGAGGAGCAGCGAGUGCAGGGAGAGGACAGAGCGAGCAAACUGAAGCAGAUGUUGGUCAAAACCAAGAAAGAGUUGUCAGAUGCCAAGAAAGUGGAAACAGAGCAGAGAUCAUCAGACGCUCAGUUACGUGGUCAGUUAGAGGGACUGAACCAACAGGUGGAGGAGAGCAAGAUGCAGAUGGGAGAGUUGGCUGCUGAGAAGGAGAAGUUACAGGAGAAGCUUCGCUCACUGACUGACUCGAACCAGCGUACCAUCCGCUCUCUUGAGGGGCGGAUCCAGACGCUUCAGGAUGACCUAGAGGUCACCCGAAGUGAGAUGAAAGCUGUCCAGUCGGAGUACGACGGAUACAAAGUGAGAGUACACAGCGUCCUAAAACAGCAGAAGAAAGGGAGUCAGGAGUCGGCCAUCAGUGAGAGUGAGAAGAUGGAGAGAGAGAGACUGGAAAAGGCUGUUGAACAACUGAAGAACAAAAUCCAGGACCUAAGUGAUAAAUUGAAGACAGCCGAGACAGAUAUGGAGAUACAACAGGAAGAGAACAGCCAUUUACUGGGCCGGUACAACAAACUGCUGACAGACCUCCAGGAGAAGGACAGUGUCCAUAAAAGGAGACUAGAAGAUGUGAACCACGAGAAGACCCUGCUGAUGAAGGAACAGAAGGAGACCAUUCAUCAGCUCAACCUACAGAAUGAAACACUCACACUCUCGUUCAAGGAUCAGAUACAGUCCCUUCAGGAGGACCAGAGUCGGGCCAUCAACAUGCUUCAGAUGCAGAUUGAUUCACUGGAACGUGAAAACACUCGCCUACAGAGGGAGCUUCAGCAGCAAAUGUCAAAGGUCAUCAGUGUAAGGUCAACUGCAGUCACUGAGCGACAGAGUCCCAUCUCCUCGGCAAUGGAGUUAGUGGUUCACGACAUCCGGCACGAAGAGCGACAAGAAGGGGAGGGGUCAGAAAUUGUAGAUCCCGAGCCUUGUUCAAAGGGAAUUAUGAGGCCGUCUCCUUUACCACUGGACAAAUUACUGUCCACAGGACCAGAAGAUACAGUUCACUCCAAAGAGUUGACAGAACUAGAGGUGGAGACACUGAGAGAGAACCUGUCCACAGCUCACAAACGUAUAGAACAUCUCACGGAGUUGUCAAGUGAAAAUGAGGCUACAGUAAUGCGAUUGGAGGAGCAGGCAAAAAUCCUGAAAGAAGAAAUUCGUCGAUUGGAGCGGAAUCAGCAACGUGAAAAAGAGGCUGCCAACAUGGAGUACCUCAAGAAUAUUCUCCUGAAGUUUCUGAGUCUGAAGGUCGGAGAUGAGCGACAGCAGCUUGUACCAGUGCUGACUACUAUGCUCAAACUCAGUCCUGAGGAAAAGACAACUCUGGAUGCAGCUGCUCAGGGAGAAGACAACUCUGCCAAUCAACCCCAACAACAGCAGCAGCAAGGAGGAGGUUGGGGGUCUUAUCUCCACCGCUGGUCAGGAUUGGUGUGAGAGACAAGGACUGGAUGGGGGUCUUAUCUCCAAUCGCUGGGCAGGACUGGUGUGAGGGAGAGAAGUAGCUGGAACUGUGACCCAGCAUCUCCUAUACAUUCAUCCAAGAUAUCCAGAAACUAGAUUAAGUCCUUGAAUAAGAAAAAUAUUCUGUGAAACUGCUUUUCAGAAUGAUGGUUCCUAGGCACUGCCAUAUGUUGUGGAUUCUUUGGAUAAAAUGAUUAUCAGAUUUAUCUGAAAAGAGUUUUAAAAAGACAUUUCUUCAUAUAUAAUUUUAAAAAAAACCUAAAAUCUGAAGAAUUUCAAAAUUUACAUGAUAGAAAGUUUUAAUGUAUAAGAAAACCGACAUUUAGAUUUUGAUCCCGUUUUAUUUUGAAAUUUGUCCAUUUCAUGCACAGUUUGAGAAUAAAUUUUCUUCACAUUUUGCAAACAUUUUUUUUAAAUUAAAAACAAGUUUUCACUAUAUCAUCAAGUUGGUCGAGAUAUUUUGUGAAAAUUAUCAAGCACAACCCACUUUCUUAAUGUGUACACUGCAUUCCUUUUCUAAUUCAAAUUAUGUCCAGUGAAAACUUGUACAAACCCAUUUUGUAUAUGUACAUGACAUACUAUAUAUUUAUGAUCAGACAUUCCCUUCUAACUUUGUGAGAUGUGUUGACGGAUCCUGCAAUAAUGUACAAGUCCAUUCCGUUUGAUGUCGGUUGUCAAUGUUAACAUGGUUUUUAAAAAACUUUCUAAUAAGAUCUGUAAUGUUUUUUUUUGGUUUUAAUUGAUAAGGGGCAGUGAAAUCAACCUUACAGUUUACAGAUAGGAACAAUAAUCAUCUUAAAAGUUUGAUGUUGACUUUUGCAUUUAUUCUAAUGAACUUUUGAAAAAUGUUUAGACACAAAAACAUGUACAUUUUUAAAUCUAUAGCUGAAAUUGAAAACUAUGAAAAUCAGCAUAUCACUUACAUUGAAAAAAUAAUGUACAUUUAACAAUUUUAUUUAUCUCUAGAAAAGGCAUUUUCACGAAUUAUAAAUUUUAUUGUAGUAUGAAUUCUGAUGUCAUAUUUUAACUUUUGUAUUAAGAUUACAUUUAAUAAUAUGUACAUGCAACCAGUUAUUAAAUUUAACAUUUACAAUAUGACAGUGAACUGAUGUGAUUACAUUAACUUGUCUUUCAGUGUGCAAUAUUGUGAUGUCAUAAUAAAGUGAAAGUGUGCUUUC